CAGCCAUGGAGGCCGUGCUCAUCUUCCUGUGCUCCCUGCUGGUGCCCGCAGCCCUGGCAGACGUGGCCACCCAGGAGAAGGAGGAGGAGGAUCCCUUUAACUAUGAUUACCAGAGCCUGAGGAUCGGGGGGCUGGUGUUCGCUGUGGUCCUGUUCACCGUGGGCAUUCUCCUCAUCCUCAGCAGGAGGUGCAGGUGCAGUUUCAAGCAGAAGCCCAGGGCUCCAGGGGACGAGGAGGCUCAGGCAGAGACCCUGAUCACCUCGAAUGCAACAGCGGCACCGAAGGCAGAGAACUGAGCAGGAGCCAUUGCUAGCCAGAGACCCCAGGAGGGACACCCAGAGCGCAGAUGCCCGCAGCCUGUGAGGAGACUGAAACCCCAGCUGCAGGAACCUCUCAGGAGCCGCGGGGCUGCCGUGUCCGUGUCCCCUCUAUGCUCCAGCACCGGUUCUCUGUCCCUAACCCCACUGAACUCUGCUCACCGUCCUCUCUGCCUCCCGUGGUGUGCCACGUUGCUGUGAGAUGAUCCUUACCUCUAGGGCUCGUUGUUGCUGGUGUUGUAAUCGUGACUUUCUCCUCACCCUCCUCGUGCUGUGUGUGUGGUUUGGGCUCUGUAGGACUGGCAGGUCGCUGCCCUUUGGGGUGCCCCCCACGCCUGGGGACAGGGGCUGUGGGUCAGCAGCACAGCCCCCCUGGCUUUGGGCAGGGCUUGGGGACCUGCAGUGCCCUGGGGAGCUGCCCAGCCAUUUCAGGGCCACCCGUCCCCAUUUCAGCAAUAACCCCCUGCAUGCCCCAGCCUAAAACAGCCAUGGUGGGGGGUGGGCCAGGCAGGGACCUCCCAUGGCUCAGCCCUCCUCGCUGUGGUCACUGGGGUGCUGGAUUCAGGGCUGAAGGGAGCUCUCCUGCUGGGCACUCCCUGCCAAGGAGUUGUUUCUGUCCCUGUUAGACCUGUGUUACACUGCUUUAAGUGUGGGGGCAGCGGAGCCCAUGAGGUCCCCAGCACGGUGACACCGUGGGUGAGGGCAGCGGCACAGCAGUGACCUCCCUGACCAGCACACACCAACUCCUGCCCGUGAGCCAGAGCUGGGUGGGUGGCACAGUCUGGGAGCUGAAGGGAACCAGAGAUCCUGUCUGUGCUUGUCUGUGGCACAGAAGGGGCAGGGGCGUCUCCUCCUGGUGCUCCUGCCCCUGCUGGCGCCUUGUCACCCCCUGUGCCACCCGUGUCAGUGCUGUGUGUUGUCCCGUGGUGGUUUCAUGUCACCCCCUGUGCCAGCUGUCCCCUCUCCCCAUGGAGCAGCAGCGAGUGGCACUGAGAGAUCCUCGGGGCUUUUGCACACCUGAGCUUGCACUGUGACAACGUGCUGAGCCCGGAGGUCAUUGUCACCCUGUGUCCUCUCAUGGGCCAGAGGCAAAGCUGUGAUUUUUGGCUCCUCCGCUCAUCCAUGGGCAGGUAAAGCCUCGGCUGGGGCUGGGCACUGCCAGCUUGGGUGGGGCAGCACUGGGGGGUCCCCAGGGCUUCUCUGAAACCCCUCAGGGUGCCAUCCCCACACCGGGAAGGGGAUCCUGUCCCCCAGGACGGUUUUGAGAGGAGUUUCUGCUGUGUCCAUCCCACUGUGGCGGCCUGCCUCCAGCGUGCUCUGUGUCCCUGCAUGCUCGGCAUCACUCGGUGGCACCGGGAAGCCCUGUCCCAUCUGUGCCAGGCAGAGGGGCCGUGUCUCUCGUGUUGUGUCCCUUCCCUCUGUCCUGGCUGUUGCAGAGAGCUCCAUGCAGGGCAGAGCCCAGCCCGGCCCCCGAGUGCCACGGUGUGUGUCCCGGUGCUGUCCCUAGUGUGCCGUCGGUGUUACCACGAAACAAAGAGCUCCCUGUGGUGUGUGAAAUGGCCAAACCCUGACUGUUGUAAAAUAAACUGAGCUAUUGUGUCUCCUUUUAAAUAGGCGAGUGUGCUGCUGUGCUGGAGGGCUGGUGUGCUCUGUGCUGUGACCUAAGGGGGAAGGAAUAAAAUAUCGUUUCUAUCGG